AUGGCGUCGUCCAAGCCUUCGUUCCCCUUCCCCGUCCUGGCCCCCGACCCGUCCGACGAGGUCGUGCGCGAGUUCGGCCCGCUGCUCCGGAUCUACAAGAGCGGCCGCAUCGAGCGGCCCCUGGUGGCCCCGCCCGUGGAUCCCAGCCACGACGCCGCCACGGGCGUCCAGUCCAAGGACGUCCACCUCGGCUCCUACUCAGCCAAGCUGCCCGUCGUCGUGUACGUCCACGGCGACGGCUUCGUGGCCGAGUCCGCCGCGUCGCCCAGCUACCACCUCUUCCUCAACAGGCUGGCCGCCGCCGUCCCCGCGCUCGUCGUGUCCGUCGACUACCGCCUGGCGCCCGAGCACCCGCUCCCCGCGGGGUACGAGGACUGCCUCGCCACGCUCAAGUGGGCGCUCUCCGCCGCUGACCCCUGGGUCGCCGCCCACGGGGACCUCGCCCGCGUCUUCGUCGCCGGGGACAGCGCCGGCGGCAACAUCUGCCACCACCUCACCAUCCACCCGGACAUCGUCGUCGGCGUCCAGCAGGAGUCCCGCCCGCCGCCGCCGCCGCUCAAGGGCGCCGUGCUCAUCCACCCCACCGUGGUGGCAGAUGUUGGGCGCCGUGCUCAUCCACGAGGCCGUGGGCGAGGAGCCCGCGGACCCCACCGUGCGCUCCAUGGGCGUGGGGCUCUGGUUCCUCGCGUGCCCCAAGACCAGCGGUAUGGACGACCCGCGGAUGAACCCCAUGGCGCCCGCAGCGCCGAGGCUCCACACGCUGGCGUGCGACCGCGUCAUGGUGUGCGCCGCGGAGGGCGACUUCCUCAGGUGGCGCGGCCGCGCGUACGCCGAGGCGGUGGCCGCGGCGGCCUCGGGGACGGGGACGCCGGCGCCGGCGCCGGCGUCGAGCUGUUGGAGACCAUGGCGGACGCGGACGACGCCAUGGCGGACAUGGACGCGUGCGCGCUCGUGAGACUGAGAGCCUGUGGAGUGCGCGAGCUGAGGGGGGAAUCUGUAUAUACUUUGGUCACCGUUAGAUGGGAAUGGGCGGCCAGAUUUCCAGAACCGUAG